GCGGACGGCGAACUCUCCACUUCCCGCCGUGCGGGGCCCCACAGACCAGCCCAGACAGCGAGCGCGCGGUGCGCCGACCAUCCUCCAGACCCUCGCGGGCGUUUGCGCACGAGCGUCCCGGGCGCGCGAGCCGCGGGGUUAUUAGAGGUGGAGCGGAGCGCGGGGAGGGCGCGCGGCAGGAGGCGGCCCGUUACGGCGAGAGCGUGGUCACGUGGGCGCUGGUCACCGCCCCCGCCCGCCCUGUUCUCCUUCUGGUCGGGCCAGCCCCGCCGGCUCCGCGAGCGAUCGGCUGAGACUGAGGGGGAGAGAGGAAAAGAGGGGAGGAGGACUCAGGGAGUAGGAGCUGGGGAGUCCUUCUGCGCCACAGAAAAUUUCCAGAGACCUGGUGAAGAUAGAAAAACUAUCAGAAAGACUGUAACACUGUUACGCUGUAUUUGCCUUUUUUCCAGCAGCUCAGUUGAGGGAGAAAUCAGCUAAUCUUCGCUUCUUAAUUCUUCUUCCUAUUUGCCAAACAAGACUUGUAUUUGGAAUACUUUGUUAUACUGAGCCUGAAAUCAUCUUUGACCCGUAACAAGAACAUGCAUUUUCAAUUGUCAAUUAGAAUGAUGGAUCAGUAAAGUUCUCCUGAAAGGUAGUCACUUUUGGUGACAUUUUCCAGUUCUCACAAUGUAUCAUUCCUUAUCUGAAACUAGACAUCCUUUGCAGCCAGAAGAACAAGAAGUGGGCAUUGACCCUUUGUGGAGUUACUCCAAGUCUGGAGGAGAUUCAAAUAAAAAUGGAAGAAGAAGAAGUUCUACUUUAGAUUCUGAUGGGACUUUUAAUUCCUAUAGGAAAGAAUGGGAAGAACUAUUUGUAAACAACAAUUACUUGACGACAAUAAGGCAGAAGGGGAUUAAUGGGCAGCUGAGAAGCAGCAGAUUUCGAAGCAUUUGCUGGAAGCUAUUUCUUUGUGUGCUUCCUCAAGAUAAAAGUCAGUGGAUAACUAGAACUGAAGAAUUAAGAGCAUGGUAUAGCAGCGUUAAAGAAAUACACAUCACAAACCCAAGAAAGGUUGUUGGCCAGCAAGACUUGAUGAUAAAUAAUCCCCUUUCACAGGAUGAAGGGAGUCUUUGGAACAAAUUCUUCCAAGAUAAAGAACUUCGAUCAAUGAUUGAACAGGAUGUCAGAAGAACGUUUCCUGAAAUGCAGUUUUUCCAACAAGAAAAUGUGAGAAAAAUUCUUACAGAUGUUCUUUUCUGUUACGCUAGAGAAAACGAGCAGUUGCUUUAUAAACAGGGCAUGCACGAGCUGUUAGCACCUAUAGUCUUUAUCGUCCACUGUGACCACCAAGCUUUUCUUCAUGCCAGUGAGUCUGCACAACCAAGUGAGGAAAUGAAAACUCUUUUGAACCCUGAAUAUCUGGAACAUGAUGCCUAUGCGAUGUUCUCCCAGCUUAUGGAAACUGCUGAACCUUGGUUUUCUACUUUUGAGCAUGAUGGUCAAAAGGGAAAAGAAACACUGAUGACUCCCAUCCCCUUUGCGAGACCACAGGAUUUAGGACCAACAAUUGCUAUUGUUACUAAAGUCAACCAAAUCCAGGAUCAUCUGCUGAAAAAACAUGAUAUUGAGCUUUACAUGCACUUGAACAGACUAGAAAUUGCACCACAGAUAUAUGGGUUGCGGUGGGUCCGGCUGCUCUUUGGACGAGAGUUCCCCCUGCAGGAUCUUCUGGUUGUCUGGGAUGCCUUGUUUGCAGACGGCCCCAGCCUCAGUUUAGUUGAUUAUAUCUUCAUAGCCAUGCUACUCUACAUCCGAGAUGCUUUGAUCUCUAGUAACUACCAGACGUGUCUUGGCCUUCUGAUGCAUUACCCACUAAUUGGGGAUGUACACUCACUGAUUCUUAAGGCUCUGUUCCUUCGAGAUCCAAAGAAAAAUCCAAGACCAGUGACUUAUCAAUUCCAUCCAAAUUUAGAUUACUACAAAGCACGGGGAGCAGACCUCAUGAAUAAAAGCCGGAUCAAUGCCAAAGGUGCUCCCCUGAACAUAAAUAAGGUCUCUAAUAGCCUGAUUAAUUUUGGAAGAAAGUUGAUGUCUCCAGCAACGGUCGCAGGCAGUGUGGGUGGCCCAGUGCCAGGAGGCAGCAGCGGGAACUCGUGUAGCUCCUGCACUGCCGGGGUUCCCACCAGGACCUUCGCAGAGGCCCCCCAGCACCACUCACAGCAGCAGCAGAGGCUGAUGAAAUCAGAAAGCAUGCCAGUGCGGCUCAACAGAGGAGAUGUAGUUACAGGAAGCGAUGCUCAGGUUUCUGUUCCUGUCCAGACUCUAACUGACCUCCCAGGACAAAGUUCUAAAAACAUCAGUUCAUCUCCAAGCAUUGAGAGUCUGCCUGGAGGAAGAGAAGCUACUGGCUCCCCACCUUCAUCUGCUACUAAAAAGGAUUCCUUUUUUAGCAACAUCUCUCGUUCCCGCUCACACAGCAAAACUAUUGGCAGAAAAGAAUCUGAAGAAGAACUAGAAGCCCAAAUUUCCUUCCUUCAAGGACAGUUGAACGACCUGGAUGCCAUGUGCAAAUACUGCGCGAAGGUGAUGGACACUCAUCUAGUAAAUAUUCAAGAUGUGAUAUUACAAGAAAGUUUGGAAAAAGAAGAUCAAAUUCUGGUUUCCUUGGCAGGACUAAAGCAGAUCAAAGACAUUCUCAAAGGUUCCCUGCGUUUCAAUCAGAGCCAGCUGGAGGCCGGGGAGAACGAGCAGAUCACCAUCGCGGACGACCACUACUGCUCCAGCGGGCAGGGCCAAGGCCAGCGCCAGGGCCGCCUGAUGCCCAGCGCCGCCGAGCAGGCCCCUCCCGAGAUGCCAGGGCACAAAUGUCCCAGGAGCUCAGAAGGCUUUGUCCUGGUUUCCAAGGAAGAUGAGACGGGCAGUGCCAGGGGGCCCCUCCCGGGUCAGGCCCAGCUGCUCCGCACCUUCAGAAGCACAUCUGGGAAGAGCGAGACCCCUGCCCCCUCCCCACUGGUGUUCUCCGACCCGCUGACGGGCCCGGCCUCGGCGUCCUCCAGCAACGCCAGCUCCAGCCCCGACGAUGACAGCAGCCACAGCAGGGACUCCGGCUUCACCAUUGUGAGCCCCCUGGACAUCUGACCACAACGCCCAGCCUGCCCCGGGCUGAGGCUGCCCUGUGCAGACCCUCCUGAAACCAACACUUUGUUCCCAGAAUGCAGACAACCCUGGCAUGGCCCAUCAGACCCAGUCAGAAGCAGAUAGGGCCACAGAGCACACAGGCUGAUGUCCACAAGCCCCACUCGGCAGAGCUGGGGUGCACAGCCAGUCUCACACCCACCGUCACAGUCACCCCCCGAGCCAUCAGAGUCACUCCUCUGUCCUUUCCUCCCCAGCUGAGUGUGGCCAUCCCAUGGAGCGUACGGAGAAGAAGGAAGAAGAGUUGGUUUCAAAUCUUCCCUCCCCUCAGAGCAUCAGGCACAGGAAAACUGAUAUCAAAACACUUUCUGGAAAUCUGUUUCUCAGCCUAUUUCAUUCCUCUCAGAAAGCCAUACAGCCAAAUGCAACAGAACAACCUGGAAAAACCCACUAUGGGCCUCUCCAGAACUUAAAAUGAUCUUUAGAAGUGGGGUCUAAGCUUAGGUUUCAUAUUUAGGUGUGAUGUGGUUUGACUGUUUCCAUUUGUUAAAGAACAUGCUUCCAAGUCCCUGGCUGAAUCACUCUGGCCUUCGCUGGCCCCUUAAACAAUUGUUUUUCACCUUGUAGCAUCUUUCACAGCCAGGAAACAAGGUCACUUUAAGCAGACCUUUGCUGCACUGGUUUUAAUAGUUUUAAGACUUAUUACUUCUUAAAUUAGCAAAUGUGACCCUGAUUUUACAGGAGAAACAUUUUUUAAACAGUUGAUUCUCUAGCAAAGUUUCUGUAGUUUGGGGGCUGUACUCACCUGUCAACAGAAGAGUAAAGGGAAAACCCCAGCUUCUUCCCUUCUAGAGUCAGGGCUCCCAGUGACUUUAAGGUAACAGUAACAGGGAUUAGACCUGGCGUCCCUUCUCUGGGAGCAGGGCUUCCUGAAGAACAUUCCAGAUGCCAGGAGGAUGUGGGAUUUCUGCACAGCCUUCCCUUGCUGGGAAUCGCAGGAACUGGGAUGUGGGCUCAACUGUGCACCACGUCUGAGGCACCGCUGCCAGAGCGAGACCAGACCUGCCACGCCACUGCCUUCCUGGAACAGAGGCCUCCCCUUGGCAGUUGUCAGCAUAGGGAACCCCGAUGGCACAAAGCCUCACAUGAGUGACUUCUCUCCUUAAGGACGAGGGCCCUGAAAAGGACACGUGUCUCUCCUGAGCAGGAGUCCCAGUAGGACAGCCACUGUGCACAUUUCGCCUCCAUCCGAGGUGAGCAGCCCUUGCCCUGGGGCAGCUGGUCCUUUGGGCUCUCCUCCGAGGAUGGCAAGGCCCCUAGGCAGUGGAAGCUUCCAUGGCCACAGCAAAAAGCUAAGUGUGUGAGAAUAGACAUCUUUCCAUGCCUCCCACUGAUAACCGCGUAUUUCUCUAGACAAAUGUGGUAAUGACGAUUUCCCACUUGUUCUCCAAGAAAACAGAGAUGACUCAAGCCAGCUACUGCAGAGAGAGGUCCAAUUAGCUCUGCAGUCAGUUCUGAGCCCCUAGCAGGGAAAUCUAACACAUCCACGUGUAAGGUGAGCACUAACUCUGGUUUAGCUCGGAUGACAGGGCCGUUUGGCCUUCCACGGUGGCUCGCUGCGCACCAACCUGCCCUCUGGCCCCUGACUCUCAGUGCUCUGCCCAGCACCUGCAGGGAGAACUCCCUGAGUAAGUAGCUGCCAAGCGCAUGUCCCCUUGACCACACCUUACGAGCACCCCUGGCCCUCACAUGUGAGGGGCCCGCAGGCCCGCAGGUUGCAUUCCUUUGUCUAAAGGGCCUGGCUUUGGACAGUGUUGGCUAUGGCAGUGCUAAAAAAGUAUGGAGCCACCCUCGCUGGGCUCCAGCAGAGGCUGGAAGGGCCCGGGGGCUGUCUGUCCCCGGGCAGCUGGGCUACUUCCUUCUGCUCGGCAUUUCCUGUGCACGGAGCCAGAAUCACAGGAGCCCAGCCCCUGACCACAUGGGAGCCACCAGACCCCCACCACCCCCUCAAGGCUUAGCUCGUCCCCUCCGGUUGGCCUCACUGACCUGCCAAUGCCUGGAGUGGCCCCGCAUCCCGGGCUGCCGCGCCAGAGCCACAUGAGAACCAGUGGGUCAGCACCGGGUGCUGCCGCACAAGCCAACAGGCUGCCCGCUGCCCAGAGGAGAAACACAUGGGUGAACAAGCCGCAGUGCCACACUCAGUCCUCAGAAUCACAGGGUUUGGGAGCUGUCUUACCUUUUGAAGUGACUAUUUUUUAUUCUUCAUAGCUGAAUAUUGUUUGCAUUUUUAUUAGCUACAGAGUUAUCAAAGCAUAUAUGUUCCUCCUUUUUAUUAUCUUAUCAGGUACUUAUGUUUAAUUGCACAUAUUUUAAAAUCCUGAGUAUAUGAAACCUUUUGUUUUUUUUAACAAAUGUAGUCAGUUGAACCCUCUUGCAUUUUGAUUAUUAGCAGUUAUAUAUUUUUUAUACACAAAAAGCUUAGAUUAAUUCUGUCAUCUACUUUUUUAUACACAUGCUGUGUUUCAUGCAUUCCUCUCUGAUCUGUCUGAAAAUCUGAGUUGCAUUUAUUUCGGUCCCUUAUGUAAGAGAGUCACAGAUUAGAGAAAAACAGUCUUUAUGAGUGUGCCUUACCUUGUGCAUAUGCCAUCGGGUCUUAGAAUACUUCAGCAUUUAAUUAUACUGGUUGAUUCUUCCAAAGAUGACCUGCUAGUGUUCACUGCUAACUGCAGUGUAAGAAAUAAUAUUACUGCAGAGUGAAUGUGACUGAAACCAAGAGCUCCCUGUGAUCUGCCUUCUCUGCAUCAACGGAGCUGAAUCUCGUGCAUCAAACCUUCAGGAUUUGAUUACCACCAUUAAUGAAAACCACUCCUCACCUUUGUCAGAGAUGACAGAUAUAAACUCUGUGAUGUGUUGUAUCCUAAUGAUCACCUGCCAGAGAAGGCUCACAUGUAUUAUUUUUGUUUUCACUUUAUUGUUUCUUUAAGAAGCUGCCCCCAGGGAUCAUUAGAACAAGAGAGUGUGGAGGCCCCAGCCGACGCCCUGAGCAGCUGUCCUGUGGAGCCGGGCCACCCCAUGCCUGCACCCCUGCUUGCCCCGGCGGGUGCAGGGACUUAGGGAAUCUGUGGGAUGGGGAGGGACCCAGACAGCACCUGACAAACAGGCUUCCUUCUGGCAGCCCAAAACCGCUUCCUCUGCAUUACGGUCAAAAGCUCCCUUUUUAUAGUGUUAAAAAAAACGCAAAGUUGCUGUAAACAGGUUUUAAACCACUUUGAUGUGAAAGUUGUCAUAAUACUCUUUCUCACGAUGGCACAAUUCAUUUGAUUUAUGGAAUACUGAGUUGUGCCAUUUAUAUCCUGUUGCUUUUUCUCAUUCAGCCUUAUACUGUAACUCAUGUUGAUUUAAGAAAUGACUUACCCUUUUGGCAGAGUGAUCCCAUUCAAUACAGUUAUAAUAAAAGACUAAUGUGAAACUGAAAA